AUGGCGUCUUCUACCAGGUUAGUUACUGAUUCCUUUCCAAAGACUAAAAAAGACAGACCGAUUAACCAAAAGCUAAAGCAAUCAAAGGCCAAAGAUGUGAUUCAUCAAAAAGGUAAGAAUUACUCACUACAAUGUAAUUUUUGGAAGCCCUAACGGUGGGUAGCCUGACAAUGGUGACAUGAUCGGGGAGAUAUUUCUAAAACAGCUGUAGCCAUAGAUUUCCCCUGGCUCCUUUAGGACAACCCCCGGCUGCCUGGAACACAAAGAACUUGCUCGUUGUUAAACUUUCUGCCUUCUUAUUGCAUUUACCCAGCAGCUUGAAAUGUUGGUGACUGCACUGCAUAACGUACAAGUAGCGGUUGAAUUAUUGGUGACCCUGAAUAUUUUCAUCCAAUGAUGCUAGUAUAAAUACAAUAAUAUUGCUCCAUUCUGAUUGUUCAUGUGCUUAGCACACUGCUUGGCAGUCUACAAGCUGCAAGCUAAGAGUGUUUGGUAAUCAAAUAUAGACAAUAGUUUGAGUUUGUUCAGUUACCAGUCUAGGUCAAUUCUUGGAUUCAGUUCAAUUACCAAACAUUUAACAGCCAUUUAUCUUUUCUUUAGAUCAAAAGGAAACUAAGGACCAGGAACUGAACCUUGAAAAAGCCCUCUUGGUAUUAAAAGAAUUUGACUUAGACUCUGAAUAUGGCCCCUGUAUUGGUAAGUUAACAAUGUUUAAUACUGUGGUUCUCAGCAUCAUAAUAUGUAGAGGUAUAGCAAAGACAAUUCACAAGAUGGUAGUGAUGACAGUGUGUGCAGAUCUAAAAACCAACUUGACUACUGGGAGAAUGACUUAGGCUCAAUUUCCAUGUUGAAUCGGGGGUAGGAGCGCGGGCUCAUUUCCUGAACAGAAGCUGGUAAUCGAGACUAAGACUGACUUUGAUUCUAUUCAGUCCUUUCCUCCCUGUACCCAAUACUAAUAGGGAUUUUCCAACAUAGUCUCAUUCUUCAGUCAUUUAGGAAGAAUUGAAACUGUUGAAUAACAAAUUAUGGAGAUCCCGCUAAUACUGGCUGAUGGCUUCACUCUAUGAAAUUGUUAAAACUUUUCUCUGGCAAAAAAAUUCCGAACAAAAUUGAAGCUUUUAGUAAACCGGAACUAUUGCCUUCCAAUGCAGUCAUUUUGGUCUUUAACCCAUUCGCUCCUAGAGAUUUUGCCGAAAAACGCGUUUUGAAGCUAGUCGAGUGGUUUUCUGGUCACUGUCGUGCUAUAAAGAGCUAAAACUUACCACAAACUGGUUUACAGGUCGAACACUUCGCGGUCUUCCGAUCCAGAUGUAAAAUAUCAGCUUGCGAAGUUCGGGCAUGCGCAGAAAGCAAAAUUUCGACAUAGUUUUUGGGUUUAAAAGUGACACAGCAGUCUUGACUUUUACUUUUCGCUUUCUCUCCUCCCUUCUUUUUUUGCUUUUCUUGCCUCAUUUUUUUUUUUCUCUUGCUGGGCAUUUAGUAGGCUUGAUUUUGGUGGGAAGAGUUUUUAGGAAAGCUUUUAGGAUCUUAGGAUUAGGCGAAAGGAAAGGUAGGUGGGUAAUGGGACAAGAUUUUCAUGGAGAUUUUCAGGUCAAUGUCACGUGGUUUUUUGCUUGUUUCUCCGGUGUCCUUGACUGAAUUGUGCUCAUUCUGGUAUGGUUUGAAAGAUCUCUUCACUCUGCACAAGUUAGUGAAGAAAGUUGUCCUUGACCGUUAAAACUGAUGACGUCACAAUGGGUAGAAAGGACCUGGAUCCGCACGGGCGGUUACGGGCGGUUCAGGGGCGAAUGGGUUAAUGUGUGGAGAUUGAAACUCUGUUUUAGACAACAAAACACAAAGUGAAUAAGGACACCAAAGAAAGAUCUCUCUUGGGAGGGCUUUGGGUCAGGGAGUGUGAUGACCGUGUUGCGUUCACUUUUCACCCAUAAAGCAAAGGGAAAUUAUUGUGGCCAGUUUGAAUGUUUGACUUGUUAGCAACAAUUUGUUUGAUUUUGAUUCUUUCAAGCUACAGGGGGCUGCAACUAAAAAGUGUUUGAUCAUGCAGCAUGAAAGUACAUUUUUGGUGGAUGUUAAUGUACAAGUCCAGUAGUUAUUGUGUUGAUAAGUGUUGUUAUUAUUAAUUUUCUGUUACACAUUACGUUGUGAUUUUUCAAGGAAUUACCAGAUUAGAGAGGUGGGAGAGAGCUGAGGAAUAUGGGCUUUACCCACCAAGAGAAGUAAAGUCAAUCAUUCUGCAGCAUCCUAAUGACACUACAUUCACUGAAUGGUAUGUAGCAGUAUUAUUC